GGGGUUUUUUAGGCCCAGACAGAAUUGCUGCUUCUUAGUGAAAUUCUUCAUCAGGAAGCCCAAGCGGAAAAUAAGAAGCGCUCUCAGCCCCAUUUCCGGAGGACCAAGAUUGUGAAGAACAACCAGGAAGCGGCCGGGCUGGGAGCUGUCCCCGGUUCUCCGCUCAGCUCUCGAGCGCGCCUCCUGGGGUCCCUGCAACGCGCUCGCUGCCCGGCUGACCCCAGCCCUGACCUAGGCUCCGACCCAGGCCGAUCCCUCUGGAGCCACCAUGUCGUCCGAUUUCGAAGGCUACGAGCAGGACUUCGCCGUGCUCACUGCAGAGAUCACCGGCAAGAUUGCGACGGUCCCCCGACUCCCUCCCGAUGAGAAGAAGCAGAUGGUUGCAAAUGUGGAGAAACAGCUUGAAGAAGCAAAAGAACUGUUGGAACAAAUGGAUUUGGAAGUCCGAGAGAUCCCUCCCCAGAGCCGAGGGAUGUACAGUCACAGGAUGAGAAGCUACAAGCAAGAAAUGGCAAAACUUGAGACAGAUUUUAAAAGGUCACGGAUCGCCUACAGUGACGAAGUACGGAAUGAGCUCCUGAGGGAUGAUGGGAAUUCCUCAGAGAACCAGUUGAUAAAAUUACGUGAAGAGAGGGCACAUCUGCUCGAUAACACAGAGAGGCUGGAAAGGUCAUCUCGGAGACUAGAGGCUGGAUACCAAAUAGCAGUGGAAACCGAACAAAUUGGCCAAGAAAUGUUGGAAAAUCUCAGUCAUGACAGAGAAAAGAUACAGCGAGCACGUGAACGGCUGCGGGAAACAGACGCUAACUUGGGCAAAAGCUCGAGAGUUCUGACAGGGAUGUUGCGAAGAAUCAUCCAGAGCCGCAUCCUGCUUGUCAUCCUGGGCAUCAUCCUGGUCAUCACCAUCCUGACGGCGAUCACUUUUUCUGUCAGAAGACACUGAUGUAUCCGCUCUUCCUUGAUAAACAGCCGCUGCGGGUCGUUCUGAGUAAUUAAGACAAAAUGGUCAUAUGAAUCAUUCUCGUGCGCUGACAGGCCCUGAGUGACCCUCCUCCCUCACCCCUGCUCAGCUGAAGUGCAAAGAGUGUACAAAUAUUUUCCAUUCCUGUUUGCACGUGGGUUGGUUUCCUUUCCCAGGUUUGUCUUCACCCAGAUUUAUUUUCACAGGGACAGGCGAAGGUUUGUUUUCUUUUUGGUGAUUUCAUCUAUGGACAGAAAUAACCUUGGUGACAUUCUUCCUGGUCCUGCGGACCAUGUCAGGGGUCAUGGUUUGGGAGAGGGCGAGAUGAGUCAGCCAUGGGGGUUGCUGAGGGGUGGGUCUUGUCAUCAAAUUGCUCUUCUGUGAUGUCUGAGGAGAAAAAUGCAGAGAAAAACAGGAGCCAGGGCCAGUGAAUGGCCACAGCAAUCCAACCUGCACCCGCCCGGGUGGAGUGAGUGUAGUCACCUGCUGAAGCGCUUUCGUUUUCAAGGUGGGUAUUUAAUGUCAGUGGUGCAGGAAAUGGACUUAACACUUGCCCUGCUUCUCUAGACAUAAUUUUUUUUUUUAACCCAAGAAUAUUUUUGCCUGAGACUGCCCAAUAUCUGCUUUUCACAACUUGGAUUACUGGUGACAAGAACAAUUUCCUUGCCUUCCAAAAAUUUCAUAUACCCCAGAGUUUGCUGGCAAAGUAAGCCCGGGUACCAAUACCUCAUUGUGACCUCCUCUCCCCGACCUGUGUAAGCAUCUCUGUAUCUUUUCGGUUGUAAUAUUUUCAUGGCCAAAAGCAGCCCUCGUACAUGCAAAAGGUCUGACAAGGUUCUCUCCACAUCCAUUCCAGUAUGUAAAGAGAACAUGAAUAUUUCAGGAAGAGCAAGAACAUGACUCCGCCAGUGUGAAAUUUCAAAUAUGACUAUAAAUAUGGUAGAGUCCUGGAGGACAAUCCACUAGAAAUAAACUGUGGGAAAUGCCCACUAACCUCCUUUGAAAGAACAAGGGAUUGCCGCGUGUUACAAAAAGACAGCUUGCGUUUUUGACUAAUAACUGUUAGCAAAGCCUUCCUGAAGUCACAGUGUAUUCAAACCUCCAACGUGCUUUGUGAUUUUCUUUGGUUUCUUUCUGUCCGAGGUAACCAGGUAUUGCGUUCGAAAUGAGUUCGUUUAUGAUCAGGCCUCAAGUUGCCCAAGCCGAGGUCAUCUUCCCCUAGUUAUAAAGCAAAAUGUGUUUUUCUUAAGACUUCAUAGGCACUUCCAGGAUUCAUACUAUUUUUUGAAUAUAAUUGGAUGCUUUGAAUCCUUGAAUAGAAAACCUGUUCCCUUCAUAAAAAAUGCUAACCACCUGUGCCUAUGGAUUCAGCUCACCUGGGUACAACACUAGAUUUUUUUUUUCUCCCCAACCCAGAAAGAGAACCACUAUGAUUUAGACAGGAAAGGCAGAGUGGCAAAAUCCACCCGAGAAAUCAUAUUUACCGAAACAGGCUGGGGCCUGCAUGCGUGCAGAUAAAUCAUUUAGUAUUGUGUAAACAAAGCGGCAGCCUUUACUUUGCAGGGAUGGUGUGGGAUUUUGGCAAAGCCAAGUAGGAUGUCGAAGGAGUAGGAAGCUGAGCUGAUUUUCCUAUCAGCUUCAGGGAUCUCCCCCACCACAAGCAUCCUUAAUUCUGGUAACUGAACUCUGAAUGUGCUUAACAUAAGAAACCAUUAAGAAGCUAGAAAACAACCAAGGUUGAUCUGAUCCUCCAAACUUGCAGAUCACACCCAUCACUAAGACCAUGAUGUCAUGUAGAAGUAGAGGAACUGAUGAGGAGGAAACCUCCUCACCUCUCAAUGACUUUGUCUUCAGGUUCUAUCUUUUUAUCAGCUCUUGCCUGAGCUUUUGCCCCAUUUCAGCCUGGGGAGUGGAAGAAGAUAAACAGGUGACCCUUGACAUAUCAGCUCCAUCCAGCCCACCCCAGAGGGCCACCAAGGCUGGGGUCAGGAGCGCUUUGUGAGGGAACUGACCCAAAGCUCCCCCACACAUGCCAGACUCCUGCCUGGCCCUUCCCAUGAUGCAGGAGAAGCUCAAAGGAGCCCCCAGGGAGGUAAAUUGUCCUCUCUCCUUCCCUGCUGUAUCAGGAAAGGCAGAAAAGCCACAGUUCCAAACAGGUCAGAGAUCUGGGAAAGCCUCUAGGAACGUAAUAUGUAGACGUCAAAUGAUUUUUGAUAACAAUUUCUCAAGUUAGGAUCCUUUGUUAAAAAAUGAUGUUGGUGGAGGUGGGGUGGGGGGGCGGGAUGAAGGUGAAAACACAGAAGGAAGAAACCUUUGCCAUAAAAAAUGCACACUGACCAGUUUUCCGGACAGAGCAAAUAAAGCGAUGCAACCCAGCUCCAGAGUCCAAAGCAAUUUCAUUAAGGUCUCUUAAGUUGUAAAGAGUUUUAAAUGUUCCACGGUGCAGCCGAACGCCUGCAAGUGGCGUGGGCUUGACGUCAGCUGCGGGCCUGGGCUGGGAGGGCCAUUUGCUAUUCUGUUUAAGGCAGGCUGGAUUGUCUUAUUUUGGAACUAGCUUGGUGGGGGGUUUGCUUUGCUACUGCUUCUGAGCCCUGAGCUUCAAAGGCUGAAAUUAAUGGUGAACAAAAUUGUGCAGCUCUGGCCGUCCCAUGCGGGGCAAGCCCAUUGAGGGUUAUCAUUAAGUAAAGAAAUAAAGAGGGGAAAAGCCUGCCUGUUCCAAAAACCUCAUCAGAUAAUGACCUCAGUGAUUGGGUUUUCAUUACCAAACAGCAUCCUGAGAUUAUCUACCCUGUCAAAGAAGGGGGGCGGGGGGUGGAGAAAGAAAGACAAGCCACUA